UUUUGUUUAAGAAAGGAAAAAGAAAAAGAAAAAAAACUUCUCUAUAAUUUUCUGGAGAAGGGAGUGGAUGACAAAUUCAGAAAAAGAUACAAUUUUGUGUCGCUAGAGUGAUAUACAACGACCUGGGUCAUUCUCAAUUGCUGUAUUUCAUCGAUUCACGGUUAGAAUUACUCUGUAGAUUCAAGCCGCUAGUUUCGUAUUAUUCAAUCGGGUUAUUUUUCAUAGUGGGGUUUUGAUAACGAUUCGUCAAGUCAUUAGAGUCUUGAAUUCCGAUAACAAAUUGGAUUUGAUAAGACAAAAGAUAACAGAAAGAAGAUUCCUGGUUGGUUACAGGCUCAUAGAGAGAUUUGGAGAGAAUAGUGUUUUAUAUACCUUUGUCUGUUGAAUUUGGUAUCUUCAACCAAUCUGAUUCCAGCUUGUAUUUGAUGUGCGAGGAUCUCACUGAAGAAGAACAACAAGAGGAUUGUUGGUUUUCGUAAGGUGAUGAUGGAGAGUUCUUAUGAGACGAUGAAUGGUAAUGAAGUGGCUGAUUCCGGCCAUAAAGUCAUUAGGAAUUCUCAGUAUCCAUCUCCUCGGAGCAAAGCUUCAUCGCCUUGGUUUGAAAUGAGAGUAUUCUAUGUGAGGAUUAGCAAUUGCGAGGUUGAUAGUUCAACUCCGGAAUAUCUCACACUUAAUCAUAUCCCGCUCGCUCAUGAUACCUUACUUGAAGUCAAUGGUGGGAGGAGUAGUAUGUUUUCCGAUGGAGUUACUUCGCAACUUAGAAGGGAUCGGGUUGACAAGAAAUCGGAAGAAGCUACGUUUGUGAGCACAGAUAGUAUAAGAAUGACAGGGAGUGUGAAAUUUGAAGUUUUUGAUAUAGAAGAUCUUGUGCUCUCUGGGGUCCUGGAAUUGUCUAAUUGUAAUGGUUUUGUUGCCGAAUCGAAAAACCAUAGCAAGCAGUGGAACAUGAAUUGUCAGUCGGAAAUAACAUCUGCUUCGGCCUUUUUUAAAGGGAAACAAUCUGAGUCUCACUCGCCAACAGUUGAAGUUUAUGUAGCUGGUUGUUUCUCAGGCACUCCAAUCAUUUUGACUAAAACUCUACAUAUAAAUUUCCGGAGGAAGCACACAAGGAAAGGGAUGUUAGAUUCAAUACCAGAAUACGAAACGACGGAAUCAAAGAAAGAUGUAGAUUCUGAACUUCCGUUGCAGAUAUCAGGAUACCGGGACUACAAACCAGAUAAUGAAGAAGAUUAUAACAGCUUGUACAUGAGGGAAGAAUAUAUAGAAGGGGAGGAUGGAGAAUUAUCAUGGUUCAAUGCCGGGGUGAGAGUAGGAGUCGGGAUUGGGCUUGGCGUUUGCCUUGGAAUCGGGAUUGGAGUAGGUUUGCUGGUCCGCACAUACCAAACAACUACAAGAACUUUCAAAAGGCGACUGAUAUAGUAUGUAUGGUUCACCUUAAUGCUAGACAAUUGAUCACCAAGAAUCCAAAAGAAAAAAGAUAAAAAGUUUUCAAAAACCGGUUAGGUUUUAGCAGUGUUCCUGAGGUGUUAUCUCAGUGUCGCGGAGUGUUUACUCAAAUAUAAGAAUUUCUUGUAGCUGACUGGAUUCAUAUUGUUGUUGUUUGUUUACCUUGAAAACUGAUAACAAUGAUUUGUUAAAGAAUUUGCAAACCUAGUCCUAGGUAGUUUGGCGUUGCGACUCUUGAUUGUAAGCUUGUAAGACUAUUUUUGUUUGUUCAUACAUAUAGAGUGCAGAGUAUCAAUGGUGUGCAUAUUAGAAA